AUGGAGCAGCGGGUCCUGGCUGGCCUCUUCCUGGCUAUCAUUCUUCUUCAAGGUACUUUGGCCAAGGAGGAAGAAGAUUCAAUAACAGUGAAGAAUCAAGAGGACGGUUCUGUACUUCUGAUAUGUCGUGGGACAAAUAGCGAUGUCAUAUGGUCGAAAGAUGGCAAUGAAAUACCUGACAAAAAGAAAACCUGGAAUCUUGGAAGUAGUAUCAAGGACCCUCGAGGGAUAUAUAAAUGUAACAAUGGAAGAAAAAGUUUACAAGUCCAACUGUAUUACAGAAUGUGUCAGAACUGCAUUGAGCUGAAUGCAAGCACAAUAUCUGGCUUUGUCUUGGCUGAAAUCAUCAGCAUGUUCUUGCUUGGUGUUGGGGUCUACCUAAUUGCUGGACAGGAUGGAGUUCGCCAAUCAAGAGCUUCAGACAAGCAGAUUCUGUUGUCCAAUGACCAACUCUACCAGCCCCUGAAGGAACGGGAGGAUGACCAAUACAGCCAUCUUCAAGGAAAACAACCAAGGAAGAAAUGA